UUUCGAAUCUGCUUGCACUUCGGCUUGCACAUGCACCCGAUUCGGCUUGCAACGCGUACGUCUCUGAUCACUUCGAUUCGUUUCGUUCACUUAUCGCAAUCAGACAAAAAAAAAUUGGAAAAUGUCUACUUGCUUGCCGUCGAAGAUCUCGGGUCUUACGUGGGAUUCGGGUGUCGUUUUUUUGUGAAUAUAUUCGGGGUUGGUGGUGAAAUUUUGUGGUGGUUGUGUUGUUGGAUACGCAAUUUCGAUCGGGCGUGAUCGAGAUACGCUAUUGGAUUAUUGCCCCUUUUCUCCUUUCGUGUGAUUUUCUUCAUUAUCCUAUUUCCGUGAAGCAAUCACUCUUCGGUAUCUACCUGCUACGUCUAAGGUUAUGACUAAGAUUCUGAGAAAUGGAACCAAAAGACGAAAUAGAUAUUAAAUUAUUACUAAACUAUCCUCUAAUAUCGAAGUCUGUCGAAGAUGAUUCUAUAGUUUAUAAAGGUAUAAUAGAAAUUGAUGAUGAAGACUACAGGAUAUGUAUUAAACAAACCUUUCCAAAUGACUUCAUAUUAGAACUUCCAUCAAAUCUGCAAUCUCUUGAAGAAGGUUUUGGAGAUAAUGCACAUCAAACACAUGAUAUAAUUAUGUAUUUGGAUUCUCUGAAGAAAUACAUAUCAUCUAAAAUACCUUCAAAAAAACCUCAAAAUCAUUGUGAGACUUACCGACAAGUAUUAUACGAGUUCUCUGAAUUUUCAAAAUUUUACUUAAACUUAAAAUCUUGCUACCUAGCCUAUGAUUUAAGUAAAGUUAGUGUUACUACUUUAGAUGAGCAAAAUCGGGAACAUUAUAUUGAAAUUAGAGUCGAUUAUGGAGACAAAAAGAACAUUUUUGAAAUCGCAGAGUUUGAUUUACCUUAUGAAAAGGAUAAAUUUAAAAAAUCGUCUAAUUUAAAAGUUGUUUAUAACCAGUUUGUAGAUGUCAUCGAAACAUUACAGCCUUUUUUUAGUUUGAUGGAAGAUUUUGAUAAAAAUUGUAAUAUUUUGGAUCCUGUGCCACAAAAAAAAAGAUACAAUUACAGGAGAAUUUGGCUAGGUGAUACCUUAUCGCUAAUUAUAACUAUAGAUCCAUUCAGUUUGGGUAAAAUGCCCAACAUCAUCUUCCUUGGCCCAGAAAGGAUGGUAGAAUCUUAUCGUUCCACCAUGAACCAAAAUUUAGAGAAUUGGGAUCCAACCAAUGGCAUAUAUAUUGAAAUACUCAAAUUAAUAGGUCUGGAUACAUUCCCUAAAAAAUCCGACGACGCCGAAGGCAAGAAUGAUGACCUUUUGCUUGAAGCAGGAGAUUGUAGCAUUUGUUUUUUACUUAAGUUGAACGACAAAUUGCCGGAGAUCGUCUGCAGGAAUAAAUUUUGUGAUAAUUGUUAUCAUACAGAAUGUUUAUAUGAGUGGUUAAUAUCUGUCAAUUCAAGAAGAUUUUUUACAGAAGUUGUUGGCGCGUGUCCGAAUUGCGAGAAGAAUAUCUCCUGUCCUAUUCCUAAUUAGGAUCCAUUUCUUUUUAGUUUUUGAUACUGUUUUAUAUUUUUUUUAUAUAAAAAAGAAAGUUUUGUUCUACAGAGAUUGUUGAAGCGUGUCCGAAUUGUGAGAAGAAUUCCUGUCUUAUCUAUUUUUUUUUUAAGUUUUUGAUAUUGUUUUAUAUUUUUUUUAUAAUAUAAGAAUGUUUUGUUCUACAGAAGUUGUUGACGUGUAUCCUAAUCUAAUUG